AUGAUCAUGUUAUACUACCUACCCGAGAGCUGUACGGAGACCUUUCCUUCCAAGAAAGGAAAGGGGUUGCAAGGGACUGAACAAAUGAAUUUGCCCUCUGCAGAUUCCAUGAGGCUUCUGCCAUCUGUAAUGUCCUCAGCAGCUUACUCUUCUUUUCACCAAGGCCUUAAAUGUGGACGUACGAGUUCUUUCAGUUCUCCACCAGAGCAAUGGGCUGAGUUGUCUUACUCAGAUGCAAGUUUCAGCUCAGAAAGUUGGUCAGUAGUCCAGGCUUCAACUAAAUUCAAAGUAGCCACCCCCCCCCCUUGCUGCCACUUGAGGAAAAUCUUAAAAGAUAUAAAAACAAAAGAUUAA